UUGACGCUCGAGUCAACUCGCUCAUUUACUCCGCACUCGUUCGCAGUUUGUUUUGAGACGUGAGACAAUGAGGUUUGCGGAUGCUUGCAAUAUUUGCACGAUCACGAUUCGAUAUCACAACAAGCCUGAUCAAAUCGCUUCCCGUCUGCGUUUUCUAUCUCUUCGCAACAGAAAUCAGCCCAAAUGCAUUUCAUUUUUCUGGUGCAGCAAAUGAAAACAGAAUAGUAUUGCGUCCAUAGCUGACGCAGGAUGAACCUUUAAGUUGAAGAAGAAAAGGAAAAAAGAGAAGAAUAUACGCGCGCAUUUCAAAGUGGAGAAUAACAAUUAAAAAUAGGAAGAAAGGAAUAAAAGGCCGGUUAUAUACGCGUCAGCGAAAGCGAACGAGAAAGAUACCGAAGAGAUUUGACUUACGAGCGACUCGAAAGUCAAGUAUCGAGAGAAUCGACGUACAAUAACUUAUAUACAGUGCGAAACAACGAAAGAUAAUACGAAGUAUUCAUACCAAAAGAGAAUUUCGGACACAAAUUACAGAGAACGCAAAUGGACGUCCGUAACAAAUCCCACGGAUUGAAAUUAUUAGAAAUAUAAUUAAGAAAGAAAAAGAAGGCAUUUACCGUCACGUCGUAUCGCGUGGCGCAAUACGAAAGUGAUUAUUAUUUAUGGUGCGUUGAUUAUUAUUUAUUUUCCGAACAAGCGAUUCUCAAGUUGAGGGAGAAAAAACACUUUCCGUCAUUCCGCAAGGAUCGAUAAAAAAUGUGGUGCUCUUCCAGUGAGAGCGCUCAGGAGGAGCGUGCUCGAGGAGCCGACGAGAAGAGAUUGCGGAACGAUGGGAACAACGACGACAAUGACGAUGAAUUUGUGAAGGAUAAUGUCGACUCCGGAUUUCUAUCGGCCAGCAAUAUGCAGAUCAGCGACGAGAUUCGUGAGUCUUGUGUCUUACAGUCGCGACAGGAAGACAAUUGGCGGAUAAAUGAGCAAGUCGCAUCGGGAGCGACGACCUCGGUAUCGCUGUUAUCAUCAACGAUGGCGGCAGUCGUCGAUAGCGGCGUCGUGGACGUCGACCUCAGCGAAAGCCUGAACCAGCUCACCUUGCAAAAGCAGCCCGUUCAACUGCCUGGCUUGAAUCCUCUCGCUAUUGACAGCGGAAUUCAACCCGAGCCCACGACAAUCUUUGAACUAAUACCCGUAAAAUCGAACCAAAGACUAAGGCAACACCAGGAUGAUCUUCUGUUCAAAGAGCAUCAACAAGAAGAUGUUAAGAAAUAUGCAAUAAUUAACGAGAAUACUUGGCAGCUUUACUAUAUGCAAGACGAUGACGGUGACACGCAAUUGCACAUCGCGAUCAUGCAGGGUUAUGUGGAGGCUGCACUUAUUUUGAUAAGGCUGGCUCCUCAUCCGUAUCUGUUGAACAUCUACAAUGAUGACUGGCAAUCAUCUUUACAUCUGGCAGUAUUGACGAAUCAGUCGCUAAUCGUUAGACGACUGAUUCUGGCGAGCGCAGAUCCAUCUUUGAGGAAUUUCCAUGGAAACACAGCUCUCCACCUAGCGUGCAUGAACGGGGAUCUUGCUUGUGCCAAGGCUCUGACGGAUCCAUUAUCUCCAAUGGAGAGGAAUAAUUUGAUACCUGGACAAAUAGUACCAGCUUUACCUCAGAAUUUAGAGCAACGUAAUUAUAGCGGUGAGAUGUGCUUGCACCUGGCUGCCACUAACGGACACGUGAAUUUGGUACGUCUUCUGUUGCGUCUCGGUGCUGAUCUCGAAGCGAGGGAAGCCUUAGCGGGAAAAACGGCACUUCAUCUUGCAAUGGAACGGAAAUGUCGAUCGGUAGUUAACUUCUUGUUGCAGGAAUGCAAGCCUUGUUUAGACACACAGAUGUACAGCGGCCUAACGGCCUAUCAGCUAGCACUGUGCAUCGACAGCCAGCUCGCCAGGGAACUGGUGCGAUAUGGCGCAAAACCGGAGCCGCUGCCGGAUUCGGAUUCGGAUUUGGAGAACAAUUCCGAGAACAAUUCCGAGGAUGAAACUUAUGGUGAGAUGAGUUAUUUGUCCGCGAUCGUCAAGAUGCAAAACGCAGUCGAAUUGAAAGUCUAAAAUAUUCACUGAUAAGUAUCCGAUUAAUCGAACGGAUCUAAGCACUGUAAGAUGAGUGAGAAUGAAAAAAAAUGACAAAAAAACAUGUAUAUACGUAUAUACAUAUGAGAACGAAUCUCGAAUUAUAUAUAAAAAUGACUAUGGUUUUGUCGAAUUCAAGUGGACAAUUGCAGUAAAGCAAGAUUACAAAAUAAUUAACAUUAUAUCU